AUGAGUGAGUACAACAUAGAGAAAGAUGAUUCUGCAUACUACAAAUUAGAUACCAUAAAGUGCGAUAUACCAGUUAAUCAGGAGCUGUUGGAAAGAAUAAAUAAAUUUGUGAAUCAGUUACGAAUAUCAUAUUUUACCUUAGAAGAGUUUGUAGACAAUUUCGUAUAUGAAUUAAAGAAGGGGUUAGAAGCACACCGUAGGCACCCAAAUUUAUGGAUACCCCAUGAAUGUAGUUUUAAAAUGUUGGAUUCAUGUAUAUGUGAUAUUCCAACAGGUCAAGAAAAAGGAACUUAUUAUGCCAUAGAUUUUGGUGGUACAAAUUUUAGAGCCGUCAGAGCAUCUUUAGAUGGAAAUGGAAAAAUUAAGAGAGAUCAAGAAACGUAUAGUUUGAAAUUUACUGGUUCCUUUUCACAUGAAAAAGGAUUACUAGAUAAACAAGCUACAGCUUCUCAAUUAUUUGACCAUUUUGCAGAAAGGAUAAAAUAUAUUAUGGCUGAAUUUAAUGAUAUAGAUAAUAAGGAGGAAAAACAUGUUGGUUUUACAUUUUCCUUUCCAUGUACAUCCCCAUCAAUCAAUUGUUCUAUUUUGAUUGAUUGGACAAAAGGAUUUGAAACAGGUAGAGCUACUAAUGAUCCAGUGGAAGGUCGGGAUGUAUGUAAACUAAUGAAUGAUGCCUUUGUAAGGUCUGAGGUCCCAGCAAGAAUAUGUUGUGUAGUUAAUGAUGCAGUAGGUACUCUUAUGUCCUGUGCAUAUCAAAAAGGAAAAGGUACACCCCCUUGUUAUAUUGGAAUCAUUUUAGGUACAGGUUCUAAUGGUUGUUAUUAUGAACCCGAUUGGAAAAAAUAUAAAUAUGCAGGUAAAAUUAUUAAUAUAGAAUUAGGUAAUUUUGAUAAAGAUUUACCUUUAUCUCCAAUUGAUUUAGUUAUGGAUUGGUAUUCAGCAAAUAGAAGUAGACAGUUGUUUGAAAAAAUGAUAUCAGGUGCAUACUUAGGGGAAAUUGUAAGAAGGUUUAUGGUGAAUGUAUUACAAAGUGAUUCCUCUAGUAAGAUGUGGAAUAAUGAUAGCUUCAAUUCAGAAUCUGGUAGUGUAGUACUAAAUGAUACCUCCCCAAAUUUCGAAGAAAGUAGAAAAGUUGCUAAAAAUAUGUGGGAUAUAGACCUUACGGAUGAACAAAUAUAUGCCUUAAGAAAAAUUUGUGAAGCAGUCUAUAACCGUUCAGCUGCCUUAGCUGCAGCUGCUAUAGCUGCCAUUGCAAAAAGAAUAAAAAUUAUUGAGCAUUCGAAAUUUUCGUGUGGUGUCGAUGGCUCAUUAUUUGUUAAGAAUGCUUGGUAUUGUAAAAGGCUACAAGAACACUUAAAGCUCAUUUUAGCUGAUAAGGCAGAAAAUUUAAUUAUUAUUCCAGCUGAUGAUGGGUCAGGAAAAGGAGCGGCCAUUACGGCGGCUGUCGUUUCUUUGGCUAGUAAAAAUAAACCAAUGCAAUAA